AUGUCUCGAGACUCGAACGUGGCUUUUUGGGCCGGUGGGAUCGCUGGUGCGGUAUCUAGAACAGUAGUUUCACCGUUUGAAAGAGUCAAAAUUCUGCUACAAGUGCAGAACUCUACCACUGCCUAUAAUCAGGGUUUGUUCAGUGCCAUUGGACAAGUAUACCGCGAGGAAGGUUUAAAGGGACUGUUUAGAGGUAAUGGACUCAAUUGUAUUAGGAUAUUUCCCUACAGCGCUGUACAAUUCGUGGUCUAUGAAGCUUGUAAGAAGCAUUUAUUCCAUGUAGAUGGUGCACAGGGACAACAAUUGAACAACUGGCAACGUUUAUUCGGCGGUGCCCUAUGUGGAGGGGCCAGUGUUGUUGCAACUUACCCAUUGGAUCUUGUAAGGACAAGACUUUCGAUCCAGACUGCAAGUUUACAGAAACUACACAAGUCAAAGGCUUCGUCGAUUAAACCGCCUGGAGUUUGGGAACUCUUAAGUCGAAUUUACCGCGAAGAAGGCAACAUCAAAGGUUUGUAUCGUGGUGUGUGGCCCACAAGUCUUGGUGUGGUUCCGUACGUAGCAUUGAACUUUGCCGUCUAUGAACAGUUGAAAGAAUGGACCCCACAAAACGACCUAUCGAACUUUUACUUGUUGUGUAUGGGGGCCAUAAGUGGCGGAGUCGCACAAACUAUUACAUAUCCUUUCGAUCUCCUAAGGAGAAGGUUCCAAGUGCUUGCAAUGGGUGGUAACGAGCUUGGAUUUCAUUAUUCAAGCGUUACAGACGCUCUCGUAACUAUAGGCAAGACCGAGGGUCUAGCAGGCUACUACAAAGGACUAACGGCGAACCUUUUUAAAGUGGUACCAUCCACAGCAGUAAGCUGGCUAGUCUAUGAGGUUGUAACCGAAGCUAUGGUCUAG